ACUUAACGCCUAACGGUAAGCAAUGGAUUGCUAAGAACACCUAAAUGCAUGCCCUUAAUAUUAUCCUAUCACCAAAAAAUUAAAAAAAAAAAAAUACAAACAAAAGAGUCAUCACCAACAACAAUACAGCAAAACCACCAGUCCAAGUCAAAAUAUAUCCCACCCUUCAUCCUCACUCCUUUACAAGUAUAUAUCUUACCUUUCCUCUGCAUUUUGUCAGGGCUUCUACUCUCUUUUCCCCUCUCUCUCUCCAGAUACAUUUCUAGCCUUUCGUUUGCCUCAAACAUGCACCCACACGAGCACACCCAGCAGGUACAAAAGGUGGAGUUCACAACAAAAAAGAAAACAAUGAGAAAACCUUGUUGUGACAAGGAAAGCAUAAAUAAAGGUGCUUGGUCCAAGCAAGAAGACCAAAAGCUCAUUGACUACAUCCGAGUUCAUGGUGAAGGCUGUUGGCGUUCCAUUCCCAAAGCUGCUGGGCUGCAUCGUUGCGGCAAAAGCUGUAGGCUGAGAUGGUUAAACUACUUACGACCAGACAUCAAACGUGGAAUCUUUGCUGAAGAUGAGGAAGACCUCAUCAUCAAACUCCAUGCCCUCCUUGGUAACAGGUGGUCACUAAUUGCUGGAAGGUUGCCUGGGAGGACAGACAAUGAGGUGAAGAACUAUUGGAAUUCUCACAUCCGAAGAAAACUAAUAAAGAUGGGAAUUGAUCCAAAUAACCAUAAGCCACACCAAAGCUUCCCUCGUUCUCAUGCUUCAACUGAGGGUGCAUCAACAUCUGAGUCCAUGAACAAAGUCCCUUUCUUCAAAUCCAGUGGUGUAGCUGCCAGUGAUCAUAGGAUUUCGUUCACAAAAGAAGAAACAGCAAUUAUUUCAUCUUCAUCACCCCCUUUGAAUCUUGAUCUUACAAUUGCUUUACCUUCGCCUAUGCUUCGUGCUGCGGAAGAAUAAAAGCCUAUACAUUAAAAUUCUGAGUCCGCCAAGACAUGGGGCAUGGAUGUAUAGAUCUAGAUCUCAACUGUUAGUUCGUACUUGUUGGCAAGACUGUUACCAGUAUUGCAUGUUUGUUACAAAUUAAUUUUGAAGAAAUAAUCAUUUUUUAAAGCACUUCAAGAAAAAAGUUUUUUUUUUA